CUGGUAGACAGGGGAAGAUAGAUAUGCAUAGUAUUCUUGCCAGGUACUCGAACUAUCCUCGUGGAGAAUGUCAAACCCCGAUUCUCACCACGAGCUUUAUGCAGACCUACUGCAACCUACCCUGACCAGCGAAUAAAGUUCCCAGAGACCCUGCCCCGUGUCAGUCUUGCCACGCUGAGUCCAUCGGUAGGUGUGCACAGUCCGCCGGGGGACAAGGCAGCUUUGUCCUUGUCCCCAGUCUUUGAUACCGGGCGCUGGACGUUUUUGCCCGAUGAACGCGCACGCUAAACCUAAAUAAGCGAAAACUCUACGUGCUGGUUAUAUCUCGCGUUUGCCUUCCCCUCAACCUUUGCAUGCAAACUCUUCAUCUUGGAAGUAACAGACAUGCAACUACUACACUAGAGGCAUCAACAUCCAUCAUGAAUACGCUCAAGAGGUUGUCCCUUGGCCAGACUGCUGCCAUCGGGACGCUAUACGAUGCUCGGACCGAGACUUUUCUUGACCAGUCAUUGCUCACUGGCGAAAUACCCGCUGAUGCUAUCGCGUCAAGUACGGCGAAUCGUGACGAGACAACACUCCUUCAGACUGGAACUGUGAAAGAACGAUUUGAGGCGCUCGAUGUUUCUCCGGAGCUCGGAGCCAGUCUGUUGGCGGGCCUAGUUCCCCCUCGUGGUUCGGCACGAUAUCUCUCACAGCAAGGGGACAGUUUACCUACGGUCCAGCGGGCGGCCAUAUUAAGUGUCACGACGAAGAUCGAGCAACUCAGUUUUAUGGGCGGCAAUACGCGGGAGCUUCUCAACUUCAAUGUCCUCACAGACUCCACAGCGACGCAUGUGCUGACGGGAAUAACCUGGGGCGGGAGGGCCAUCGUGUCUAUGCAGAAGAGGAUCACACUAGAGGCGGAUAAGCAGAAGUGUUCAAAGCAACUCGACCAAGCACUGGAGCCUUUCUCGAAGCCGCAGGGUAACAACCACAGCUGGCUUGACCUUCCGAGUGGCGAACAGACGAAUGAGGAGCCACAGGUGCGACUCUACACAGACGCAAGAGAGGUGCUGGAUGGCCAGGCGGAUAAUGUCGCCGAUGCUCUGGAGCACUUUAACCAUUUCAGCCCACACGUGCAGGCCACGGGAGGAAAGCCGCUCAUCUACACCCUGCUACCGAUUGCGUUCCUCGUCACACUUGGCGCUAUUGUCCCAAAUCACGUCACUGCGGGACAGCUCAGCGCCGAGAGCUAUGAGCAGACAAUCGAGCUCGUCGAUAUGUUGGCAGAGGUGCAGCAGACACUCAACGCGCACCGACAGCUGCUUCACCAGCACAGAACAUUAGUCAACGACGCACAUCUCGACCAGGUGGAGAAACAGAUCUCAAAAGUCAGGGCGGCCGAAACACAUCUGCGCGCAGGAUAUACAGAGGGACUGACUGCAGUGCGACAGAAUCGAGCAUCCAGCCAGGGCGUGCUUGACUUGAUCUCCACAGUGAAGACCGAUGUCGCGGCAGCUCGUAACCUCAUGAAUGUGGCAAAGAGAUAUGAAGACAAGGUCGCCUUUUUGGUCAGAAUGAUUGGACUUGGAGCUUCGUACGCAGAGAAUGCCCGGACAAGCCCUCAGGAGUUGAUAGAACGGGCGUCCACGUACUACACUACGUUUUACGUCUUUCACUUCAACAGCCGUGCCAUGGACACCUCUGAGCUUUGGAGAGAAAAUAGCAAACUUCUCGAAGAGCUGUUGACGCAGGAUCAGAAACCCGAAGUCCAACUCAUCGACUGGGAUAACUAUGGCGAAGAACUUCCACAACCCUGCAUUGGCCUUUAUGCCAACGGACUGGUCGUCGUCGAGAAUGUGCUGGAGCAGAAGAAAGAAAUCGCCAGCAAGCACCUCGUCCGCUACGAUCGUUCAUUCCUAGAGUCCACCAAUGAUGUCCCCACAUAUCGAAAGUCGUUGCGGAUUCCCUGUCCUGGACCAUUCUGCGAGGAGCAAGAUCUCUGUCUCUGGUCCUGUGGAGACUGUCAUGAAACCAUCGAAUUUGGUAGUCGAGAUGGCUACUUCUACUGCGACUGCGGCAGAGUGCCAUUCGAUCGGGCGGAAUUCAACUGCCAACGACCCCGACACAAGGAUGGCUAUUUCCAGUUUGAUCGCAACGACCUGCGUGAUCUGCUUCGCUCCCUCCCCGAGCCGCGAGAGGUGAACAUCCUCAUCCUCGGAGAGACGGGCGUGGGCAAGUCGACGUUUGUCAACGCCUUCGUCAACUACCUCACCUUCUCUUCGUUGGAUGAAGGACUAAAGGAUCCAAAACUUAACUGUAUUAUCCCGUGCUCGUUCACCACUCAGGUCGUCGAUCAACACGGUCGGUUGAUCUCGAAGGAUGUCGUGGUCGGCAGAGACAAAGACGAGGUUGACGGAUCAAAGGGCGACUCUGCAACACAGAAAGCGACGGUGUAUCCAUUGUACUUUAGAGACACCCUCAUUCGACUCAUUGACACCCCUGGAAUUGGCGAUACGCGGGGCCUGGAGCAAGACAAGCAGAACAUGGCCAACAUGCUCGCGAUUCUCCGCAACUACCCGGCCCUGCAUGGGAUCUUGAUCCUGCUCAAGCCGAAUAACGCUCGACUGGGAGUGAUGUUCCGGUUCUGCGUCAAGGAGCUCCUAACUCAUCUGCACACGAGUGCGGCGCAGAACAUGGUCUUUGGCUUCACCAACACGCGUGGGUCCAACUACACGCCAGGCGAUACCUUUAAGCCGCUCGAGAGUCUACUCUCCGAAUACCACAACGUCAUCCCACAGCUGUCUCGCUCGAAUGUGUAUUGUUUCGACUCAGAGAGCUUCCGGUAUUUGGCUGCCCGCAAACAGGGCAUUGAGAUGGGACACAUGGAUGACUACCGACGCAGCUGGGAGCAGUCUUCACAGGAGGCAGACCGACUGCUGGCACAUUUCCAGUCGCUGCGACCACACCAUACGCAGGAAACACUCAGUCUGAACGAGACACGCCAUCUGAUCGCGCAGCUGACAGCACCGAUGCAGCAAAUCUCGGUCGCCAUUACGGACACGAUCGCGAAGAACAAACAACAAGCGGACGAUCUCUAUAAUGCGCAGUUGACGAGGGACGAUUUGAAGACGAAGCUUCGGAUCCACAAGACGACAGUCUCUGCUGAGCAACUGACCAAGCCAAAGACAGUGUGUGCAAACGAGGCCUGCAUUGAGUCGGUCUUUGACGCGUCGAGUAAUUCCGAAGUACUUUUGCGCAAGAAGCUCUGUCACAACCCAUGUUGUUUGACGAAUGUCCCGGUCGGCAAGGUCGGCACGCCUCAAUUGAAGAACUGCUUUGCGUUCGCCGGCGACAACUGCACCAUAUGCAGCCACAGCUGGAAGGAACACGAGCAUAUCCUGGUCGAGUAUGCGAAGCGUCAAGAGACAGUAGUCGACGCAAACGUACAGCGUGAGCUGACGACAACCGGCAGCAUGAUCAAGGCAAAAGAAAAUGCCAUCAAGGCCAUCGAGAAGAACAUUGCCGAGUUAAAGGAGGAGCACAAGCAGGUCCAGACGGCAGCUGCCAAGUUCAGUCUCUACCUCAAGCACAACUCGAUCACCCAUUACAACGACGCGACGGUCGAGUAUCUCGAACACCUGAUCAGGGAUGAACGAACGAAAGUGCGGACCGGGCAGAGCCGAGCCAGACUGGAAUCGCUGGAGAAGGAUCUUGACGAUUACCAGAAGUUUGUCGAGGCGAUGGAGCAAAAGGAUAAGGACAGUGUGGUGGACGGCGCAGAUGCGUAUGCUCCGCUGAACGAGGCCGGUGUUGCGAAGCUCGUGCAGAAGCUGUACAAUCUGCCGCACUACGGACAGAUGCUCAAGGACCUGGCGCAGGUAGUGGCUAACGCGUACGAGGCUAAUUUCCGUGAACGGCCGUACCGAAUCAGUCGACGGAGUGCGUGGCGCGAUUAUCUCGAGGGCCAAGGAGAUCGCGGCAGAAAUGGUGGCUCUGUCUUUGGUCGCAGGAGCAGCGUACGGACCCCUUUCAUGGCGCCAACGACGGCCAGCCGGCUUGGUCGAACAUUUUGUCCUAACGAGCCGAACGGGCCAAGCUCCGGUUGGUCUGAGAAGUUGAUGGGACCAGCACCUCGGCAACGAGAGGAGAGCGAGUUCUGGCCUCAAUCGGAGAAACGGGGGGCGUCCUCGGCGGGACCAGUCCGGAGCAUCAUGGACUGGGACAAUGCUGCCCCAUCCAGUAGAAUGGGGCCUUCUGGCGCGGCAUAUCAUGGCGCGCCGAAUUCCUUUGAUGGGACAGGUCCGUUUUCUGCGCCACCACCAUAUCCGGGGCCUGGAGGGGAUGCCCAGAUGAAUGGCGGGCAGCAAGAGAUUGUCGAGCGGAAGGGAGUCUGGGUCCGACUGAAGGACAAGCUGCGGAAGAAGUGAGAGCAGAUGAGGAAGGAGGAAUGGGGAGUGUUGUGUUUGCUUGAGCUAGUUUUCCCGACUUUUCAGUCUGCUUGUUAGCCCCUUUAGUUCAGCUCAAUGAGCCCAAAUUGUGUUGCU